AUGCCUAAACGCUUUGAUCAAAUACCACAGAAUGUCAGUUGGGAGCCAGAUUGGUCAACAACCUGGAGGGACGACAAUCCAUGCCAAUGUGCACCAGCAACUUAUGCUGGAUUAAUACCCUAUUAUCAACCUGGCUUCUAUCCCCCACACUUUGUAAACUUAAACGAAGAAAAUCGUCAAAAAUGUGAACUCAUGUUGAGCGAGGAAAAAUAUGCAAAAUUAUUUGGCUUGUUAGACAGGUCAACAACCGGAUGUUUAAAUUUUACAGAAAACACAAAAGAAGAAAAUUUAAAAAAUAAAUUUAAUAUUCAACUAAAAACAAAUACAAGCACAAAUUUAAUUAAGGAAGACAAUGUAGAAAAAAUUUUAGAUUUAUCGGGGUUAUAA